AUGGGCAAGAUUAUCGAAAGUCAAGCUACCCCCAUUUUGAUGGUUCCGCCGAUGGGACUGGAAUUGGAAGUGGAGCCAAUGCUUCGCGUGACGGAACACAAUAGUAAUGCUGUCACGUUAAAAAAGAAAUCUUCCAGUCGUUGUCCUUCUUCGAGAAAGGUGAGCUUUGCAGAAAGCGACAGCAGCAAUAGUGUGAAAGUUCAGAUUCACUUUUACGACAAGGAAUGCGACGAAGAGACCAUCCGUCAAUCUUGGUACAAUCACCAAGAAUACGCUGCCAUCAAGGAGGGUAGCUUUUCCAUCAUGCGAGAAAUGAAGAGACGAAUGGCGCAAUGCGGUCACGAUUAUUGCCCACAAGAGGAUUAUCCCGAAGACCAUCAGUGGACAUGGCGUGGAUUCGAGUAUGUCCUCCAACGAUAUCCACGCAAACACAUGCGUCUCACGCAUAGCGACAAUGUUCUGCAUUUCCAACAAGUCCUGGAACGCAGCUGUCCCACCGCAUUGGCAGACUACACUGCCAACAGCAGUUCCGCCUGUGGCAGUGGCGAUAGAGCACGACAACUAGGAAUCAACGAUCAACAAACUGCGCUAGAAAUAUACAGUCAAUCUCCCAUGCUUCCGGAAUACCAAAACUUUUUCGACGAUGAAGACGAAGAAGAAAAGGAAGAAGACGACGACUCCAAUAGUGUGCUGGUGGAAAACAGCAACCACACUGUCAGCUCUUGUAGAGUUCAGGCAGAACAAGCAAACCACCUUCCGGUGGUUUGGAGGACUGUCCGCAAGUUCUUUCUCUGUAUCUAG